AUGAAGAAGGGCGAGGACCCGCAUCGGCCCCGCAAUUUAAACCCAAUCAAAACACCUAGUCACCCUUCCGAUUUCCGGUGGCUGUUGCCCUCUUUGCCCAUGCGGCCUGUCAAGUUCAUCAUGCACAAGGCGCGAAGGCCAUGCAAUAUGGUUGAGCACACCGCAGCAACUACGUCGGGCUUUGGACAACAGUCACCUAAGGAAUCGAACGACGAUGAUGUAGUCUAUAUAGGCACCUUCAAAGGACACUUGCUGGCCGACCCACACGACUCGAAGAAGAACGGAAAGAAGUCGGCUACCCUGUCGAGACCAAGCAGCAUCGACGAAGCCGGGCCCUGA